CUGUUUGAAAUACAUGUAAUUGAAAAUAGUUCUCGGUUCAAGUCAAUUUUCUACAUGUAGCACCUUACACGUAGCACCUAAAAUACCAAAGCCUACAAUUGUAGUACCGUCCCUUGAGGAUGUGUUGUAGAUGUCCCUAACAUGUUUGUCACAUUCCUACUUCGUCGUUGCUGCUCUCGGUAGUCAUAGAUGCGACCCACUACUUCAGUACUGAUAGUUUACGAGCUGACCAAUUAUUCUAUUUAAUUUGAGUAUGUUUUCGAAAAGAGUGGACAGCUUGUCGGGAAUGAAAGCGGCGCACAGGUGCAUUACGCUCCCGUCUAAAACAAGUGAUGAGGGCGCCGGCGCUGGCAUCGACGGCAACCCAUUCUUCACCGCCGCUCUACUGUCAAUGUGGGACAAUAUAGUAGGACCCAGGAUUCAGUGCGAGUGGAAUAUGUUUGACAGCGCAUGGCAGGUUCCCGAGCAGACGAUCGAAUACGUUGCCAAUCACACGCUGAAUGGAGAGAUAUGCCGUACGGAAGAGCUCGCGGCUGCGCCUGGCCAAAUCGUGGAGAACAAACUGUACGUCCUGUCCGACCAUGACGUGCUGGUGACGGCGUUCAUCUUCAGCUGCUUCCAGGCCGACCAGGGUCCGUGUGUCUACUCACUCUGCCUUCUCAUGCCACUGCAACACAGAGCAGGCUACUUGCCCCUGCACAAGUUCUGUGAGCAGCGCAUGAAGGAGUGCGUUGAUCGCCUGACCGCGCUUUACCAGCAGUAUACCGAUGCCGGAGCAGUCAUGGAUGAAUUUGGCGGCGAAAUGCCCGCAUUCAUGAGUGCGGUGGAGGGCAUAUACCGUAUGUCGCUGCGAGAUCGUCUGACGACGGAAGGAACAUCAUUUGAUGGCAAUGACUCCCUGCUCGAUGUUGACUUCUUGCGCAAAUGCAUCACAUCGCACCUGCAGACGUGUGGUAGUUCUAUUGUUAUCGGCAAGUCAGUGCUCGAAGUCAACAAGACACUGAAGACAUUAGCGCUGUUCCUGUCGCCUCACGAGCGUAAAUGUUCUCGCCUUGUUGAUGGUGACUGUCCUGACGUGUCGUAUGAGCCAGAUCUCUUUCUUCAGGGCCUCAUCAUUGAUGGAAGUGGUAAUGUUCGAAUCCCUGAACAGGACAUCACUCGCAGCCGACUGCCCUCCUCAUUGAUCGACCUGGACCGGCUGACGGUCAAACAAACUAAUCAGCUGCACAAGCACGAUGUUGUACGCCAAGAGUUCCUGGAGAUGCAGCACAUGAAACUGCAACGUCCCAAUGAGCACCAAGAUGACGGCGCACAACCCAGCAUAUGUCGGUUCCAUGCCACUACAGAUAGAUCAGAGCUGGUAAAUGCCUUUGUCCAAGAGGUUUUCCAGCUGAAUCCGCUGUGUGGCGUUCGAGAGGCCUACAUAGAUAUGUUUGUGAGGCGUCUUCAUCGCAGUGCCCUAGCGCUCAUAGCGUAUGUUCAAGCUGAUCCGAUGUACAAGGCGGCAUCGGAGUCGGUGUCUGCGUCAUCGGGAAACUCGUCGGGUAUACUCUCACCGACGAUGGGCGGCGGUGGUGGCGGUAUCGGUAGCGGUGUGACUGGCAUGGCACCCAACGCCUUCAACAUCCCGCCGCAGCAAGCCAGCGCCCGGCCCGCAACCGUGCGCAACCUGCGUAGCGACCUGAGCUUGGAGAACGACGCCGACUUCAAAAUCAUUUUGGCCACGGCGGAAAAGCUGCACUCGGGUCUGUUCACGUGGCUACUGGGAGAUCCACGCCUGCAGGGCGAGCGCUACCAGCAUGAAUUUGAAGCACUUUGAUCCGUGCCUGCCUAGGCGCGCUCUCCACUGACUGCAAUAAGCUGCACAGUGUUAUUUCAUUCAAGAAAAAAGAUUUUACUACUCUGCUUGCUGGUCAAGCAGGCACGAAAACUCAAAACCCUCCUUUACAGAAUCACGUUUUUUAUUCUUGAGAAUAUUUUUUGCAAGCAUGCCAUGAUGACAUCGCAUAUUGGACAAAUGUUGAUGUACUUUUUUACUGUUGAA